AUGGCUGUUGCCUGCGUGCUCGUCGUUGGCGUUGUUGGUGGAGCUGUUGGCGGUAUCUACUACAGGGCGCGUCGCAAGGAGAACCCGGACGCCAACGAAUAUGCGCCAUACGAGCCGGCACGGGACCUUUCAAGCGUGGAAAGCGCGGUGACAAGGGAGAUGAUGCCUCGCCUAGCAAAGCUCAACUUCACCACUACCAACAGGCCAAGCAGAAGAUCAUUCCCGGUGACGAGGCCCCUGGCGUCGGCAAUCGAAUCCGAAGACGAGGAGUGCGCCGACGACGAAAACAACUAUUCCGUCUACGAGUGCCCCGGAUUAGCCCCCACCGGUGAUAUUAAGGAAAUGCCAGGACUACCAUUGAAAAAUCAACGAUUUUCGUAUGCAAACUGUGACAAUGUCUUUUCCGGAUUACUCCGUAGCUCAAAUGAAUAUAAUGAGAUGCCCAUUUUCAUUCCGUCGUUUCAGAUCCACAACCCGAACUUCGGCCAACAG